AUGCCGUGCCGUCCAGGUAUCUCCUCCAUGUCGCUGGGCCGGUGCUAUGCUGGCCACAGCCUCGAACACAAGCUCUCCAUGGCUGCGAAACAUGGAUUAGAGGGCAUCGAGCUAUUCUACGAGGACUUGGUCGAUCACGCCGGGUCCGACUCCCCGUCUGAUCUCAUCGCGGGCGCUGCCUCGGUCCGUGAGCUUUGCUCUUCGUUGGAUCUCGAUAUUAUAUGCCUGCAGCCAUUCAUGCACUACGAGGGUCUCGUGGACAGAAAGCGACACACUGAGCGAAUCGAAGAGAUGAAGCUUUGGAUGCAACUGGCACAUGUCCUCCAGACGGACAUCGUUCAAGUGCCCUCAUCCUUCCUUCCACGCGAUCAGUGCUCUUCGGAUACGAAUCUUAUCGUAAGCGACCUCCAAGAGAUUGCAGACCUUGGAUUACAGCAGACACCGGUCAUCCGAUUCGCAUACGAAAGCCUGAGCUGGGGAACACACGUUGACAAGUGGGAGGUGUGUUGGGAUAUUGUACAACGAGUUGAUCGAUCGAAUUUUGGCAUCUGCCUCGACAGUUUCAACAUCUUGGGCAGGAUAUAUGCCGACCCCACCUCGGCAACUGGAAAGGUCGCCGGGGCUGAUCAAGAAGUUCGCGAAUCGAUACAACGACUGGUCACCCAGAUCAAGCCUUACAAAGAGAAGAUCUUCUUCAUCCAGAUUGUCGACGCCGAGCGUCUCCAACAACCAUUGCAACCCGGUCACCCCUUUUACAACGCUGAACAACCAGCUCGCAUGUCUUGGAGCAGAAACUGCAGAUUAUUCUAUGGCGAGAGUAGCCGUGGGGCGUACUUGCCCGUCAAGGAUGUCGCGCACGCCAUCAUUAAGGAGAUUGGAUUCGACGGCUGGGUCAGCAUGGAACUAUUCAAUCGGGUUAUGAACAGUGAGGGUCAUGGAGUUGUCGAAGAGCUGGCAGAGCGUGCUGCAACUGCCUGGGUAUCCAUGUGCUAUGAUCUACAGCUUGAUGCAGGAGUGAGAUAUGAUGCGUCGAAGUCUGUGGGCAAGGCGCGUAAUGAAGUAAACAGGGCUGAACAAGCCGAGUAUGCGCGUUUGUGA